AUGCCUGGAACUCUGCUGUACCCCACAAACAGCUCGCUCGUGACCGAACCAUCCAGUCCACCAUCAAGCCCACUUACGGAAGCUUGGAAUCCCGACGUGCCCAGUGAGGACGCCCAACCUCAAAUCGUGUCAACACCCCUUCGCGCUCCUUCGUCGCGCCCCUUUGUCCGCUCCGUGAGCAUCACUGCUUGGCAAAAUUUCCUGGACGGCCUCGAUCGCAUCGCGACCCAGAUGCCAGUCUCGGUCUAUAUCGUACCCGCUGCGGAUGUUGAGCGCUUACAGCCAUCUGCAGGCGAACUCGGCUUUCGUACGGGUAUAGUCAUGCCUGCCAAUAUCAUGACGGAGAAGGAAGCAUUGCUAGUUGUCGGUACGGAGGGAGCCGCAGUCACCAAUGUGUGCGAGAGGCUAUCAAAAGAGGGUGCUGACAUGGCCAAAACUAGCGGUACAUGUGGUCUGGCUCAGGUUGCCGGUGGGGCGAUCGUUGGCGCUGCGGUGUUAAUGGCGGGGUUGGCUCUGUGA